AUGGUCUCUGUGCGCUGGUUUGGCCAGACGUCCGUCAUACGUCCGUCAUACGUCCGUCAUACGUCCGUCAUCUGUCCGUCAUCUGUCCGUCACACGUCCGUCAUACGUCCGUCAUACGUCCAUCAUACGUCCGUCAUACGUCCGUCAUACGUCCGUCAUACGUCCGUCACACGUCCGUCAUACGUCCCUCAUACGUCCGUCACACGUCCGUCAUACGUCCGUCAUACGUCUGUCAUACGUCCCUCAUACGUCCCUCAUACAUCCCUCAUACGUCCGUCACACGUCCGUCAUACGUCCGUCACACGUCCCUCAUACGUCCGUCACACGUCCGUCAUACGUCCGUCAUACGUCCGUCAUACGUCUGUCAUACGUCCCUCAUACCUCCCUCAUACGUCCGUCAUACCUCCCUCAUACGUCCGUCACACGUCCGUCAUACGUCUGUCAUACGUCCGUCAUACGUCCCUCAUACAUCCCUCAUACGUCUGUCACACGUCCGUCAUAAGUCCGUCAUACGUCUGUCAUACGUCCCUCAUACGUCCGUCAUACGUCCCUCAUACGUCCGUCAUACGUCCGUCAUACGUCCGUCAUACGUCUGUCAUACGUCCCUCAUACGUCCGUCACACGUCCGUCAUACGUCCCUCAUACAUCCCUCAUACGUCCGUCAUACGUCCCUCAUACGUCCGUCAUACGUCCUAA